CACCUCAAAAAUCACCGAUUGGUCCCAAAAAUUCUACUUAUGGCUGACAAAGGAUAUUAUAUUCAAGGGGUACAGGUCAUGGGCAAAAUGUUCCCACUUGGUACAAAAAUUUACACUGGAAAUCAUGGAUAUGACCCCAACUCACUCAGUGAUAUGAGAGGGAUUUUUUAUGCUACCGGAACCAAAUUAAAGAAGGGUUACAAAGCGCCACCUGUGAAAAUGGUAGACCAAUAUAACCUGAUGUGCCACAUAAUAGGACUGGAACCCUUGCCAAACAAUGGAUCCUGGGACAUAAUUCGACCAAUGCUUUCUAAUGCUCCAAUUUCGGUGGUCUGAUCACAGUAGUGACGUCAUUUACAGUCAUCUUAACGCAUUU